GGGGCAUGCGGGGGGCGGGGCCAGGUGCUGGAUUGUCUCCGCCUGUCAAAAGGCAGCCGCGGAGCCCCGGGCGCCGGGAGCGCGGAGCAGCGUGCCCACCCGCAGGACCAGAGUCCUUUUGGUUGGAAGCAUCUGCGAACCCUCACAGAAGGGCACCCCUUGGCCUGACUUCCCUGUCCCCCUGCUCCUACAGCCAUGGAGGCGACGGCGGCCAGCACUUCCUUACCUGACCCCGGCGACUUUGACCGGAACGUGCCCCGGAUCUGUGGGGUGUGUGGGGACCGAGCCACCGGCUUCCAUUUCAACGCUAUGACCUGCGAAGGCUGCAAAGGCUUCUUCAGGCGGAGCAUGAAGCGGAAGGCGUUGUUCACCUGUCCCUUCAAUGGAGACUGCCGCAUCACCAAGGACAACCGCCGCCACUGCCAGGCCUGCCGGCUGAAGCGCUGUAUUGACAUCGGCAUGAUGAAGGAAUUCAUCCUGACUGAUGAAGAAGUGCAGCGGAAGCGGGAGAUGAUCCUCAAGCGGAAGGAGGAGGAGGCCUUGAAGGACAGCCUGCGGCCGAAGCUGUCGGAGGAGCAGCAGCGCAUCAUCACCACCCUGCUGGAAGCCCACCACAAGACCUACGACGACACCUACUCGGACUUCAGCCAGUUCCGGCCUCCAGUUCGCAAGAGUGAGGACGAGGGGAACCGUCCUUUGAGGUCGAUACUCACGCCCAGCUUCUCUGGAAACUCGUCCUCCUCCUGUUCGGAUCACUAUACCUCCUCUCCAGACACAAUGGAGCCAACCAGCUUCUCCAAUCUGAAUGAAGAGGACUCCGAUGACCCUUCUGUGACCCUGGACCUGUCCCAGCUCUCCAUGCUGCCCCACCUGGCUGACCUGGUCAGUUACAGCAUCCAAAAGGUCAUCGGCUUUGCCAAGAUGAUCCCAGGGUUCAGAGACCUCACCCCUGACGACCAGAUCGUGCUGCUGAAGUCGAGUGCCAUUGAGGUCAUCAUGCUGCGCUCCAACCAGUCCUUCACCCUGGACGACAUGUCCUGGACCUGUGGCAGCCCGGACUACAAGUACCAAGUCAGCGACGUGACCAGAGCCGGACACAGCCUGGAGCUCAUCGAGCCCCUCAUCAAGUUCCAGGUGGGGCUGAAGAAGCUGAAUUUGCAUGAAGAGGAACAUGUCCUGCUCAUGGCCAUCUGCAUUGUCUCCCCAGACCGCCCUGGAGUGCAGGACGCCGCACUGGUCGAGGCCAUCCAGGACCGCCUGUCCAACACGCUGCAGACCUACAUCCGCUGCCGCCACCCGCCCCCAGGCAGCCACCUGCUCUACGCCAAGAUGAUCCAGAAGCUGGCGGACCUGCGCAGCCUGAAUGAGGAGCACUCCAAGCAGUACCGCUGCCUCUCCUUCCAGCCCGAGUCCAGCAUGAAGCUCACGCCCCUCCUGUUCGAGGUGUUUGGCAACGAGAUCUCCUGACUCUGGCAGCCUGCACUGGCGCCUGGGAGGGGCAGCCUCUCCAGGGCCGGGCACCCAGGCCUGGGACUGGUGGCUGCCCAGCAGGCCUUCCCAUACCUGCUGGGGUUCAUCCCCUCCUCUCCCGCCCCCCCUCCCCGGCUGGCCCAUCCUCUCUCCUGCCCCGUCUAACACCAGGUCCCCCUCACCUGCAGGCCACAGGCUGCCCCCCCCAACCCACCCCCACCCCUGCCCUCAAGGCCUCGGUCAUGAGGAUUUUUCGUUUAUGUGACAAAGGAACUAAAGUAGGGGCAGAGGGCAGAGGCUGAAGUUGGGCCCUUGCCCGAGGAUGUCCCCGCCACUCCGGAAGUGGCUGCUGGCUGAUGCAGAGGGAACAGGCAGGCGGGAGAGACAGAGCCAUUCCUCAGGGACAGAGACACCUGUACCUCCACUGCACUCCAGGCCCACCCAUCCAGAGCGGCUGGGACCACCCUUCCUCCGCCCACCCACGAUAAAUACUGACUCACAACCCCCUCCUCAUUCUGCUGCUGGGCUGUGCUGUCUGCCCCUGGGCAGUGUGCUGCGAUGGGCCCUCCUCCUCUGCCUUCUUACCCUGGCUCUCCUAGGACACUCGCUGCCAAGGAAGCCCCAAAACCAAGGUGACCAAGAUCACAAUCCCCACCCUCAUUCACACUCUGCCGGCCAAAGGGUGCUUGCCUAAUGCUGUAGGGCCCACCCUCAUCCUAUCACCAUGGUAACAUUCACCAUGGUAACAUUCUCCCCGGUAGUGGCUCUGGUAGGAUGGGCUUUCUACCCAUGGUAGGGGCCACUGGCCCAGAACCCAAGUGCUGGAGGCCAAGCAGGGAAGCGAGCAGGGCCCAGGUGAUGGGGGGACAGGUAAACCCAGUCUGGUAGAAGAGUAGUAGACAGAGGCCCCACCCAUCCUGCCACCGAGCCCACGGCUCCUCAGCCUGGAUCUAAGGGGCUGGCGAGGCAGGAGCUCUUCUCCCUCCCCCAGUCCACAUGGCAGGACUGAACGGCCCCCAGGCUUCAGAGGAUUGCAGCCACUGUCCUCAUUCACACCCUGCAGGUCCUACAACCCACCCCAGACAGGACUGGCCACAGGCUCCAGAGUCCUUGCACAGCGGCCGUGGGGCUGGAUGGGCCUCACCAUAGGGUGGAUGGCCAAGGGUGAUGACCCAGAGAUUGGUCCACUAUCCCUGCCCCCAGCAGUCUGGAGAAGCCACUUACCAGUAGGGCCUCGUCUUUCCUUCCUGGCAGGGUAGGAUGAAGUGUGAAAGUGUCAGUCGCUCAGUAGUGUCCAACUCUUUGCAACCCCAUGGACUGUAGCCCGUCAGGCUCCUUUGUCCGUGGGAGGGGGGGAUGAGGGAGAGGAAUUUCCAGAUCCCAACAGCCCCAGCCCACCCUGGCUGCCUGGAUCUGCUUCCAGCACUGCUCCAGCAUCUCAAGUGUGGGUGGGGAGCAGCGGGUCUGUGAGAGCGCUUCUGGUGGAGUUGGGUGAAGCUGGUUCCUCCUUGUUCCCACCCCACCCACUAAUGUCAGAAAGGGCCGGUGAGGCAGGUGGGGUGGGAGCACCAAACUUCAAAGUUGGUGUUCUUCCCAUAUCCAGAGCUGACGUCUGACAGACGGAAGCUGUCUUUAGAAUCAGACGCCUUUGGGACCACAUCCUGAUAAAGCGGAUAGCAGGCACCGCUAAUGAAGAGAUGCUUAUGGGAGGUGUGGGCUUAUGUUGGGGAAGUUCCACACACUAUUGGUGUUGUUAUUUUACAAAUUAAGGAGAGACCCUUGGGACCCGAUUGUAGAAAAGGCUUGAAAAUCGCUAACCCAGUUCAACCCCCUUGUUAGAGAAAACCAAUGCUGAGGAGGAGGUGUGACUCACGCAAGCUCGUGUAACUAGUUUGGAGCAGCCCCAGGUCUGGACCUGGAUGUUGGCCAUGGGGUCCCGUGCUGUUUUUCCUGCACCAUGCUAGAGCUCAGACGCCACUCAGUCAUAUCCAAUUCUUUGCCACCCCAUGGACUAUAGCCCACCAGCUUCCUCUGUCUGUGGGAUUUUCCAGACAAUACUGGAGUGGGUUGCCAUUUCCUUCUCCAGGGGAUCUUCCCAACCCAGGGAUUGAACCCACGUCUCCUACAUUGCAGGCAAAUUAUUUACCGUCUGAGCCACCAGGGAAGCCAGGAAAGUGUACACCAAAAAUGCCAAAUAAACAAGAUUCUGGGAGAUAGGAAAAGCCUUCUCUGGCUGACUGGAAGAAGUAGGAGAAUCUGAAUGAGGUCAACAGGGAAGCUUGGAACGUGCAACAGAUCUGGUUAAAUCUGGAAAUAAAACAGCAAAGAGGGCUUUGAAGAAUGACUCCUGGUGAUUUCCAAAGAGAAAAAACAUUUGCCAAAAAUUUGUCAAAUAAAACCAAUGAAGAAAGCUUCCCAUAUGGUAAUAAAGAUGGCGGAUACUUACAUAGCGCUUACUUUAUGUCAAGUACUGCUGUAAAUAAAUGCUUUAUGCAAACCA